AUGUGGGCUCUCCGCGCGCUGCUGCUGCUGCGCUCCGCGGCCGGGCGCACCAUGUCGCAGGGGCCCGCCCGCCGCUCGCGGCCGCCCAAGGACCCGCUGAGGCACCUGCGCACGCGGGAGAAGCGCGGCCCGUCGUGGGAGCCCGGGGGCCCCAACAACGUGUACCUGCAGGUGGUGGCGGCGGGCGGCAGGGACGCAGGCGCCGCGCUCUAUGUCUUCUCCGAGUACAACCGGUACCUCUUCAACUGCGGGGAAGGAGUCCAGCGACUCAUGCAGGAGCACAAGCUGAAGGUGUCUCGUUUGGACAACAUAUUCCUGACCCGGAUGCACUGGAGUAACGUUGGCGGAUUGUGUGGAAUGAUUCUUACCCUAAAGGAAACCGGGCUCCCAAAGUGUGUGCUUUCUGGACCUCCACAACUGGAAAAAUACCUUGAAGCUAUCAAAAUAUUUUCUGGUCCACUGAAAGGAAUAGACCUGGCUGUGCGGCCCUACACCGCACCCGAAUAUAAGGAUGAGACCAUGACGGUGUUCCAGAUCCCCAUAUACAGUGAAGAGAAGUGUGGAAAUGACCAGCCAUCACAGAGUCCAGGCAGGCGCAGUCCAGAGCAGUCUUCCGACUCUGCGUCCUCUGAAAACGAGCAGCGCUUUCCAGAUGAUGUCAGCCGGAAAAAGAGUGGAAGGGACCCCACCUUGGUCGUAGCUUUCGUCUGUAAGCUGCACGUGAAGAAGGGAAACUUCCUGGUGCUCAAAGCCAAAGAGCUGGGCCUCCCCGUGGGGACAGCUGCCAUCGCUCCCAUCAUUGCUGCCGUCAAGGCAGGGAAGAGCGUCACUUUUGAGGGAAGAGAGAUUUUGGCUGAAGAGAUCUGUACUCCCCCGGACCCUGGGCUCACCUUUGUUGUGGUUGAGUGUCCAGACAAAGGAUUCAUUCAACCCAUCUGCGAGAACGCUGCUUUCCAGAGGUUCCAAGGAAGUGCUGAUGCCCCCGUGGCCCUGGUGGCUCACCUGGCCCCAGAGAGUGUGCUUGCGGAUGGCAGGUACCAGCAGUGGAUGGAGAGGUUUGGGCCUGACACCCAGCACCUGAUCCUGAAUGAGAAUUGUCCGUCUGUUCACAACCUCCGGAGUCACAAGAUCCAGACACAGCUCAACCUCAUCCACCCUGACAUCUUCCCCCCGCUCGCCAGCCUGCACUGUAAGGAGGAAGGCGCCGCCUUCUCUAUGCCCACGGUCCGUGCCGAAUGCCUCCUCAAGUACCAGCUCCGGCCCCGGAGGGAGUGGCAGAGGGAUGCUCUUCUAACUUGCAAUCCUGAUGAAUUUGUAGCCGAGGCCUUGAGCCUCCCGAAUUUCCAAGAGAGUGUGCAAGAGUAUAAGGCAACCACACGGGACAGCCCAGCAGCCCCAGCAGAGAAAAAAGGCCAGUAUCCAGAAAUCAUCUUCCUGGGAACAGGGUCCGCCAUCCCCAUGAAAAUUCGAAAUGUCAGCGCCACACUUGUCAACCUCAGCUCUGACAAGUCCCUGCUGCUGGACUGUGGGGAAGGUACGUUUGGGCAGCUGUGUCGUCACUAUGGCAACAACGUGGACAGGGUCUUGGGCAACCUUGCUGCUGUGUUCGUGUCCCACCUGCACGCGGAUCACCAUACGGGCCUGUUAAACAUCCUGCUGCAGAGAGAACGUGCUUUGGCAUCGCUGGGAAAGCCCUUCCACCCCUUGCUGGUGGUUGCCCCAACACAGCUCCGGGCCUGGCUGCAGCAGUACCACAACCAGUGCCAGCCGCUCCUGCACCACGUCAGUGUGAUCCCUGCCAAAUGCCUUCAGAAAGGAGCCGAGGUUUCCAGCCCCACACUUGAGAGCUGGAUUGGCUCACUGCUGAGAGCCUGUGAUCUGGAGGAGUUUCAGACCUGCCAGGUCCGGCACUGCAAGCAUGCUUAUGGCUGUGCACUGGUCCACACGUCCGGCUGGAAGCUGGUCUUCUCGGGGGACACCAUGCCCUGCGAGGCUCUGGUCCAGAUGGGGAAAGAUGCCACCCUCCUGAUUCACGAGGCCACGCUGGAAGACGGUCUGGAAGUGGAGGCCGUGGAAAAGACACACAGCACCACCUCCCAGGCGAUCAGCGUGGGGAUGCGCAUGAACGCCAGGUUCAUCAUGCUGAACCACUUCAGCCAGCGCUACGCCAAGAUCCCCCUCUUCAGCCCUGACUUCAACGAGAAAGUGGGCAUUGCCUUUGACCACAUGAAGGUUCGGUUCGGAGACCUCUCCACGGUGCCCAGGCUGAUGGCCCCGCUGAAAGCUCUGUUUGCCGACGACCUGGAGGAGAUGGAGGAGCGCCGGGAGAAGAGGGAGCUGCGGCUGGUGCAGGCGGCCCUGCUCUCCCAGGCGCAGGCGCAGGCGCAGGCGGGUGGAGCUGAGGACGGUGAGCCCCCGCGGAAACGGGCUCAUGCAGAGGAGCCUGCCGGCACCCCAAGGAAGGUCAGGGCAGAAUGA